UCAUCUCAUUAUCUGACACGCGAAGGUUUUCUGAGAGAGAGAGAGAGAGAGGGGAGUCAUCCAUGAAACGUUGACAGAGAAAUUGCUUUUUCUUGUUUUCUCUUAUAAAUUAGAAUGUGAGUUUGGUUUUGAAGUCUAGCUCGGUGUGUGUGAAAUCUUGUAAAGGUCAGAACUUGCUAAACAAGUGAGAGAGAGAGUCCAAGAAUACCUCGUGAGAGGGCUAGCUAGCUUUUCAAUAUCAAGAAAGCUUGCGCAGGAGUAACCAAGGGUCAAGCGGGGGGAGAGAGAGAGAGAGAGAGAGAGAUUAUAUAAGAAUUAUAUACAUAAACAAAGUAAAAAGGGGCUAUUUUGAUUGGUUUUUGGGCUUUGAUCAGUACUAACAGUGUUAAUAGUUUUGGUGGUAGUUGUGGGGUUUCAGCGUUUGUGACAGAUAUGAUUUUAGUACAUAAUAACAACAGCAUGCCUUAGUGUUGGUGCCAUUGCUUAGACGACGACGCCGCCGCCGCCACUAACAACCCUCCUCUACAAAAUCACCAGCCCUUUCUCUUUCUAUUACAUGUAUCAUGCCUAAGAAUAAGAUGGAUAGUCAUGGUGACAUGGGCCCACUUGGGGAACAUUUUGAUCCUAGUUUGGUAGGGAGGAUGAGGGAGGAUGGUUAUGAGAGCAGGUCUGGAAGUGAUAACAUUGAAGGUGCAUCUGGGGAAGAUCAGGAUGCUGGAGAUUAUCAAAGGCCUAGGAAGAAGUACAAUAGACACACUGCUAAUCAAAUACAAGAGCUUGAAUCUUUCUUUAAGGAAUGUCCUCAUCCUGAUGAAAAACAAAGAUCAGAGCUUAGCAGGAGGCUUGGCUUGGAAAGCAAGCAAAUCAAGUUUUGGUUUCAAAAUAGGAGAACUCAAAUGAAGACCCAGUUGGAACGGCAUGAGAAUGCAAUCCUCAGGCAAGAAAAUGAUAAACUCCGAGCUGAGAAUGAGUUGUUGAAACAAAACAUGAGUGAUCCAAUUUGCAACAAUUGUGGUGGUCCUGUGGUGCCUGUUCCAGUGUCUUAUGAGCAGCAGCAGUUAAGAAUUGAAAAUGCUCGAUUGAAGGAUGAAUUAGGCCGUGUUUGUGCCCUAGCCAAUAAGUUUUUAGGCAGACCUCUCACAUCCUCGGCCAGUCCUGUCCCUCCCUUUGGCUCAAACACCAAGUUCGACCUUGCAGUUGGGAGAAAUGGUUAUGGCAAUUUAGGCCAUACAGACAACACAUUGCCAAUGGGGCUUGACAAUAAUGGAGGGGUUAUGAUGCCUCUGAUGAAACCAAUAGGCAAUGCUGUUGGCAAUGAAGUACCAUUUGAUAGAUCAAUGUUUGUAGAUCUUGCACUGGCUGCUAUGGAUGAAUUGAUUAAGAUUGCUCAGGUUGAAAGUCCCAUUUGGAUCAAAAGCUUGGAUGGAGGGAAGGAAGUCCUGAACCAUGAAGAGUAUAUGAGGACUUUUCCUCCUUGUAUUGGCAUGAAACCCAGCAAUUUUGUUAUUGAGGCAACUCGGGAGAGUGGUGUAGUACUCGCCAACAGCUUGGAUCUGGUUGAGACAUUGAUGGACGUGAAUGGAUGGGUGGAAAUAUUUCCCAGCUUGAUUGCUAGAGCUGCGACCAUUGAUAUCGUAUCAAGUGGCAUGGGCGGAACAAAAAGUGGAGCUUUGCAAAUGAUACAUGCUGAAUUUCAAGUGAUUUCUCCUUUUGUCCCUGUGCGUCAAGUGAAGUUCCUUCGGUUAUGCAAGCAACUAGCAGAGGGUGUGUGGGCUGUGGCUGAUGUUUCUGUUGAUGGAAACCAGGAAAAUCUAAAUGCACAAACCCCUGUAACCUGCAGAAGGCUUCCUUCUGGCUGCAUAAUACAAGAUAUGAACAAUGGUUGCUGCAAGGUUACAUGGGUGGAACAUUCUGAAUAUGAUGAGAGUGCAGUCCAUCGACUCUACCGACACAUACUAAAUUCUGGCAUGGGCUUUGGUGCACAGAGGUGGAUUGCCGCCCUUCAACGGCACUACGAGUGCAUGGCAAUGCUCUUGUCCCCUACCAUUUUGGGUGAAGAUCAGACAGUGAUAAAUCUGGGAGGUAAGAAAAGCAUGUUAAAGUUGGCACGACGAAUGGUUGAUAGCUUCUGUUCUGGGGUCUGUGCUUCUACUUUGCAUAACUGGGGCAACCUUGUGGUUGAAAGUGUGAGUGAAGAUGUGAGGAUUUUGACCCGAAAGAUUAUCAAUGAACCUGGUGAGCCAGAUGGUAUUGUGCUGAGUGUUUCAACUUCUGUUUGGCUGCCGGUUUCACAACAAAGGUUAUUUGACUUUUUGAGGGAUGAACAAUCAAGGAGCCAAUGGGACAUUUUAUCCAAUGGUGGAAUAUUGCAGGAGAUGGUCCAAAUCCCCAAGGGCCAGGGACAUUGGAACACUGUCUCUGUCUUGCGUUCAACUGCUGUUGAUGCUAACGCGAGUGACAAUAUGUUGAUAUUACAAGAAACCUGGAAUGAUGUCUCGGGUUCGUUAGUAGUGUACGCACCAGUCGACGUACAAUCAGUGAGUGUAGUGAUGAAUGGUGGAGACUCUACCUAUGUGGCUCUCUUGCCAUCAGGAUUUGUGAUUCUUCCAGGCAAUUCAUUCGGUAAUGGUGAGCCAAACAACUGCAAUGGGAAUCCAGCUAAGAGAGACUGUGAUGGCAACAGUGGAGGCGGAUCUUUUUUGACUGUUGGAUUCCAAAUUUUGGCGAGCAACCUUCCUUCAGCCAAACUCACAGUCGAGUCAGUCAAGACAGUUCACAAUCUCAUCUCCUGCACCAUGCAGAGGAUCAAAACAGCCUUCAACUAAUGGUUGCUUCUUAACUUAGUAAAUCUCUUUUCUCUUGGUUUUUCGACACACAAGAAUACAUGGUAUCAACAAGGUAUAAUAGGUAGAAUGGAAGUGAAAUAGAGGCAGCUUGAGGUGAGAACUUUGCACAAGUGGGGUUUCGAGUCAAGAACGAACCGCAAUUUGCUGGGUGGAAACUGGGUAGGAUGACUGUGGAUGUUACUACUACUGUCCUCGCCAAGCUAGUUUUAACUUGGCAACAGGCAGUGGCCUUGUGGUUCGGGUAUUGACUCUCAUUGGGUCUUAGCAAAUGUUUUGGUUUAGUCGUCCUAUUUCGUCGAAGACAAGAUAGACUGCUAGCUCUUGACUUUUUUGUGUUAUGGAAACUGUUCAAAAUCUAAGGCAAUCUGCUAUUUUAACUUA